GUUGCGUUCUGAAACAUUGCAGCGGAAUAGGUGCGCAAGUUUUAUUUUUAGAGUUGGGGCCUCAGCUUCUGGAAGUAGUGAGGAGCAGGAAACUUUGAAACUCAACACGAUGAAUUACGUUUCUUUGUUGCAAAGCCAUAGUAAGUCUACUCCUCGACUUAGAAGUAGUAAAGACUUGGUGAUCUCUUGUUUCUCUUUCUUCAUCAUCCGUACAGCUACCAAUAAUCCCCCACCAGUUCCCGGCCCAUCUUUGGCCCAAGCGUCUUGCUGCUAUUUUUUCGGUCUGGUCGUGAGAGGAUGA